CUGGUGUUUGGCUGGAAUGAGCUAUGAGUAAUGCAAUGCAAUCUGAGAGUUGGCAGCACUGAUAAGACACACGGUGCAGUCUGACCUGUGAGGUGCUACUGAAUCUCAUAACAUUUAAGUUUUAUUAGCUGAUCAGACGAUAUUACUUAUCACGAAGAACGUUGAAUCAAAGUCAAUGGAUCCCAAUCAGGACCUGUCUGGUACAAAACCAGAGUCGCUGGAACCCAAUCAGGACCAGUCUGGUACAAAACUAGAGUCGCUGGGACCCAAUCAGGACCAGUCUGGUACAAAACCAGAGUCGCUGGAACCCAAUCAGGACCAGUCUGGUACAAAACCAGAGUCGCUGGGACCCAAUCAGGACCAGUCUGGUACAAAACCAGAGUCGCUGGAACCCAAUCAGGACCAGUCUGGCACAAGUCCAGAGUCACUGGAACCCAAUCAGGACCAGUCUGACACAACUCCAGAGUCACUGGAACCCAAUCAGGACCAGUCUGAUACAACUCCAGAGUCACUUGAACCCAAUCAGGAACAGUUUGGCACAAGUUCUCAUACAUCCAAUGGUUCCCUAGCCUCAAACAGCAGCCCAGUUGGAGCUUCAUGUUACGGCCCUCAACUAGGACAAGUGGAUGAACCACCAACUCCCACAUUCCCAAGGCCUAUAGAACAACUUCGAGCUGAAGUGCAAUUCCUGGAGCCAAUAAUGUUCACACCUCUCUUAAUAGAAGAAUUGCUAAUGUACCUUCCAUAUAUACGAGGCAACCCAUAUGUUAGGAUAUACGAGGUACCAAGAGACCGGUUUUGGCGAAUGCUGCGGCGCAGGCGCUUUAAUCGUCUUUAAGCAUCUUAAGCGUCCAAUAAUAUCUUAAACUACUGGAAGGGAAUAGUCCCUUCGGUGAACCAUUGUUUGACUAUAUACAUUACGA